AUGGCUAUAAAAGGACUCUUGAGUUCAUUUAGAGUCCUCAAAAGUGUUUCAGCCAUGGCCAAGGCAAGUCACAAGUCGAAACCGGAACCGGAACCGAAACCGAAACCGGAAGAGCUUCUCGAAUCUCGUGAGGCCUUUAGGAACCUCUUCAACUGCUUCUAUGCCUUGGGCAUGCAGGCACCGGAUGGCAGCCUGCCCACCAAGAGCAACGCCUGGCAAAGCAUCUACCGAUGCUUCUCGGCCUUUAUGUACCUCUGGCAGUUGCUUCUAGUGCCCACCUGCUUUGUGAUCAGCUACCGUUAUAUGGGCGGCAUGGAGAUCACCCAGGUGUUGACGUCCCUGCAAGUGGCCAUCGAUGCGGUCAUUCUGCCUGCCAAGAUUGUGGCUUUGGCCUGGAACCUGCAUCUGUUGCGUCGGGCGGAGCAUCAUCUGGCCGAGCUAGAUGGUCGCUGCAAGCGGCCCGAGGAGUUCCAAAUGAUUAUGGAGGCAGUGCAAUUCUGCAAUAGACUUGUGUGGUUCUAUCAGCUCAGCUACGGCUUCUAUUCCUUCUCGACUUUCGUGUGCGCCUUCCUGCUGCGUCAGCCCCCGUAUGCCCUGUAUCUACCCGGCCUGGAUUGGAAGCGCUCCCAGCUGCAGUUCUGCGUCCAGGCCUGGAUCGAAUUCUUCAUCAUGAACGUGACGUGUCUGCACCAGGCCAGCGACGAUGUCUAUGCUGUGAUCUACCUGUAUGUGGUUCGUCUCCAUGUCCGGCUUCUGGCCAUGCGGGUGCGGCGAUUGGGUAAGAGUGCCAAUGACGAAGCCACAGAUGGUUAUCCGGAUGAGCGGCGGCAGGAGGAGCACUGCCAGGAGCUGCAGCGCUGCAUCGUGGAUCAUCAGACGCUGCUAAAGCUUCUUGACUGUAUUGGGCCCGUGAUAUCGGGCACCAUCUUUGUCCAGUUCCUCAUAACCGCCGCCAUCAUGGGCACCACAAUGAUUAAUAUCUUUAUUUUCGCCAAUACCAAUACGAAGAUCGCUUCGAUCAUUUAUCUGUCGGCGGUGACGCUGCAGACGGCGCCAUGCUGCUACCAGGCCACCUCCCUCAAGCUGGACAACGAGGAGCUGGCCCUGGCCAUCUUUCAGUGUCGCUGGCUGGGUCAGAGUGCCCGCUUCCGGAAGAUGUUGCUCUACUACCUGCAUCGCGCCCAGCAACCUAUCACGCUGACCGCCAUGAAGCUGUUCCCCAUCAACCUGGCCACCUACUUUAGUAUAGCCAAGUUCUCAUUUUCGCUCUACACACUCAUCAAGGGUAUGAAUCUUGGCGAGCGUUUUACCAGGACGAAUUGA